AGAGCCAUUUGUAAACAACGAGGACCGCGAGCCACACGGAACGUCAAGCUCCCUCGCCCUCUCGCCCUACUAUGUCUCAGGAGGAAAACCACGAUAUGGAAGAAGAGGUCGAAACAAAGAGCAAGGACAAGAAGGCGGCCAAGCACGACAGCGGUGCCGCCGACUUGGAAAAAGUGACCAAUUAUGCGGAGGAAAAAGAGAUCAAGUCCAACGCGAACUUCAUGUCGGUCAUCAACGACGUGAAGAAGCAGGACGAAGCAACGAGAUCGGCAAAAGAACAAGAGUUGAUGAAAGUGUCCAUCAAGAAGGAAGAUGUUGAGCUGAUCAUGAAGGAGCUAGAAAUCCCCAAAGUGAAGGCAGAGCGAGCGCUACGUGAACACCAAGGGAACCUCAUAGAAACUCUAGUCACUCUUACCAAUUAGCUAUAACUAAUCUAUUAACAUUCUGUCCAUGUUAAAUUGAAAUAAACUCAAACUUUGCUAUUUUGGUUUUCCUCUAUGCAAUUUGGAAUAAUCUUUGCAAAUUCAUGCCGUAAAAUUUAAAUUCAAAAUACUGAUACUUAUCUGGACAAUAACAAAAUAUUCAAAGAAGUGAAGUAAAAGUGAACUGUUAUUACACUUCAACCUAUACGCCGUAUUUUACCCAGUAGAAUUACGUGAAUUAUCAUUUCAGUAAACAUGAUAUAAAAUAAAACAUAAAUUGUGA